UAAAAUCUAUCAGAAAAGUUACUCAAACAGUUCUCUUGUUUGAGCAAAAUGUACCAUCAUAUUCCAAUUUUUUUGAGAAAUUUCCAGGAGCCGUAUUGACGAACCUCUACGUAUACAGGGCGUGCUACAUAAUAUUAGGCUAUGACAAGAACAAUUGCAGUGAAUUAGGCAACAAAGAUAACCCUCUAACCGAGGCUCUGGAGCCAAAAGUCCAGCCCACGGUCAACGACAUAAACAUGGUGAACAGCGUGCUCAGCGACUUGGCGCCCAUCAUUUUCUGCAUGUUCGUCGGCACUUGGUCCGAUAAAUUCGGCCGUAAGCCCUUCCUAAUUUUGUGUUUAACAGGUUUCGUGCUAUCUACGCUCAUCAAUACCCUUAUUAUACAUUUCGAAUACGUUUCGCCUUGGUGGUUUGUAAUCAGUAACAUACCGUCUUCGUUAACGGGAGGAUUCACUACCUUGUUGAUGGUGAUUUCGGCUUACUUGACUGAUGUUACCGAUGAUAAUAAUAGGAUGAUUAGGCUUGCAAUAUUCGAAGCAUUUUUUGCUUUGGCAUCGAUUUUGGGGAAUCUUAGCUCUUCUUAUUUACUGUACGCCACCAGUUAUGAAUGGAUUUACAUCAUCGCCACCAGUUUUUUAGUGCUAAGUCUUCUAUACACCAUAUUCUUCAUACCGGAAUCUAGGAAAGAUAUAAUACCCUUCUCAAUGAAAGAACUGAUCAACACCAUAAACCUCAAGGACAUAAUAAAAGAAAGCUUCAAAAAGCGAGAAAACAACACCAGACCGUACAUCGUCACGAUAUUGGUCUUCUACUUUGUAUACCAAAUGUCCAUUGGAGAAAUCUCAGUAACAACCUUGUUUUUGAGGAAGAAAUUGCAUUGGACUCUAACUAAAAUCACGACAGUGAAUAGUGUUACAAGUGUAGGAAACGUUUUUGGUGCAUUGUUCGGCACUUACAUUCUCUACAAAUGGUUGAAAAUCAAGGAAAUCUACGUCUGCCUACUCAGUUUUGUAUUGCUAUCCGUUUCCGAUAUUCUACGAGCACUUGCUUUCAACGAUUAUUACAUUUACAUUAGCUAUGUUUUCCACAUUAUAUACGUCCUGCCGAUUUUGAUGUUGAAAACCCUCAUGUCUUUCAUGCUGCCGCCAGAGGACAUGGGAAAAAUAUUCGCCCUUAUGUACAUCAUCGUGACCUUCGAUCAUAUGGUCUUCAGCAUAUUCUACCCUUUAAUCUAUAACGCUACGUUGGACAUAAACAGCGGGAUUUAUAAUUAUUUCACUCUGGGAAUUCAUGUUCUAGUAACGAUAUUUUCAUUCGUAUUGACAAGAUUUAACUUCCCUCGGUACUUGCCGCCGGAAGGAGAAGAGGAAAAGAAGAAAUAUUCGAUACAGGAUGGGAAUAAACCCACGAGGAAAAUCAGUAUAGCUGUAAAUGGUAUAGACAUUCUAGCAAUAAAUGAGAAACGCCCGAUCGGAAGACCCAGCUUAGAGCUUCCCGAUCCGAGAAGAUUAUCCCAGAAUCCAUCCAUUUUUUAACAUUCAUGUGUAAUAUACAGAUAUUUAUUUAUGUGAUCUUUUCUCAUAGUGCUAUUUCUAUUAUUUAUAUUAUAG